GCUGCGCGAGGAGCGACCACGAGCCAGCCCAUACAAUUCCAUCCUUCCUAUCACGCUCUAACAGUCAAACGGAACGCAGCCAGUUUCAAAUGCGACUUAACCAAAACUAAUGUUUGGAGCGAAGGCAUCUUGCGAGCGUUUAGAUUACCCAUGAGGAUAAAUAUUUGGUAUUAGUGUUCCACUGAUCGUCUAUCGCAUUGAGUCGACAUCACCAAUGCGGAUAGAGUGAGAGGAGAAUCGCUUGGGUGUUUUAUUUUGAGGACCGCGCUCUGAGGGCUGGACUCGUUCAUUGUCUUCAGGCGGAACUCUCUCCAUCGCUUACGGACGCACGGGACACAGACUCAGACUGACGAGAGCUGGAUUGGAUAAGCAGUAGUUCGAAGAUGAACAACAAACCAGAAAAAGAGAAUGAAUUGAAUCACGAGUAUGCCAACCACGAGGAAGAGGUGCGGACGCUGUUUGUGAGUGGACUUCCCCUGGACAUCAAGCCCAGGGAGCUCUACCUGCUCUUCAGACCCUUCAAGGGAUAUGAAGGAUCCUUAAUCAAGCUUACCUCAAAGCAGCCGGUGGGGUUUGUCAGUUUUGACAGUCGAUCAGAGGCAGAGGCGGCAAAGAACGCCCUGAACGGUGUGCGCUUCGACCCAGAGAUCCCCCAGACGCUGAGGCUGGAGUUCGCCAAAGCCAACACCAAAAUGGCCAAGAGCAAGCUGGUGGGCACCCCCAACCCUCCCCCGACCCAACAGAGCCCCGGACCACCAUUCAUAAGCAGAGACCCCUAUGAGUUGCCUGUGCCCGCGCUGUACCCAGGCAGUCCUGACGUGUGGGCCUCGUACCCGCUGUACCCCGCCGAGCUGUCGCCCGCACUCCCUCCCGCUUUCACCUACCCGUCCUCGCUGCACGCACAGAUCCGCUGGCUUCCUCCGGCAGAUGGCAGUCCUCAGGGCUGGAAGUCGCGGCAGUUCUGCUGAAAAAUGUGUUCCUUUUGUGUGAUGGUGGCUAGGAGCGGCCUUGAUGGAGUGUUCCGUGGCUUCAGCAGUCCGACCAGGGGGGUUCCAGAACACUCUUCCCUCACAGUGGACCACUGGUAAACACACCUCCCUGGACGCCAGGACACUCAAGAGCCCUUCUGCCUCCAUCACACAAGAUCGUCCUCUCCACCUCCCU